AUGUCAGGAGUGGACGAGGCGGAGACGAUCCGCAUUCUCAUCUCAACUGAUAACCAUGUUGGUUACAAUGAGAGAGACCCCAUCCGGGGUGAUGAUAGCUGGAAAACCUUUCACGAAAUCAUGUGUCUUGCAAAAGAACAGGAUGUGGACAUGGUGCUGUUGGCGGGAGAUUUGUUCCACGAGAACAAGCCAUCAAGAAAGUCCAUGUAUCAAGUGAUGCGAUCAAUCCGAAUGAACUGUUUUGGAGACAAACCCUGUGAGCUGGAGCUGCUCAGUGAUGCUAGUGAGAACUUUCAGGGCGCUUUCAAUCAUGUCAAUUACGAGGACUUGGAUAUGAACAUCGCCAUCCCCGUCUUCUCGAUCCACGGCAACCAUGAUGAUCCAUCGGGCGAGGGUCAUCUCGCAGCCCUUGACUUGUUGCAAGUAUCUGGUCUCCUCAACUACUAUGGCCGGACGCCCGAGUCAGACAAUAUAGAAAUCAAGCCAGUUCUCCUUCAGAAGGGACGGACUAAGCUUGCUCUUUACGGAAUGAGCAACGUUCGUGAUGAGCGUCUAUACCGCACCUUCAGAGAUGGAAAGGUCAAGUUUUUCCAGCCCUCUAUCCAGAAGGACGACUGGUUCAAUCUGAUGUCCGUACAUCAGAAUCACCAUAAGUACACCGAGACCGGCUAUCUACCAGAAAACUUCCUGCCUGGAUUUAUGGACUUUAUCCUGUGGGGCCACGAGCACGAAUGUCUUAUCAAUCCUCGGCUUAAUCCAGAGAUGAACUUCCACGUCAUGCAGCCGGGGUCUUCUGUGGCCACAUCUUUAGCACUCGGAGAGGCCGUGCCAAAACAAGUUGCCAUAAUGAGUAUCACAGGACGGGAAUUUAAGUGCGAGCCGAUUCGUUUGAAAACCGUGCGGCCUUUCGUGAUGCGAGAGAUUGUUCUAUCAGAGGAGAAAGGAGCCCAAAAGUUGGCCCGCAAGGAGAACAAUCGAACCGAGGUGACUCGGCUUCUCAUGGAGAUCGUUGAAGAAUUAAUAGAGGAGGCCAAGGCAGAAUGGUUAGAGGUGAACAGCGAAAUCAAUGAAGAUGAGGAAGUUCAAGAGAUGCCCCUGCCACUCGUUCGACUCCGUGUCGAGAUCUCUACGCCCGAGGGUGGGAGCUACGAGUGUGAGAAUCCCCAAAGAUUCUCCAAUAGAUUUGUGGGAAAGGUUGCCAACGUUAAUGAUGUGGUGCAAUUCCACCGCAAGAAGCGAGGUGCAACUUCACGAAAGGCCGAUGCGACUGACGAAGCAGCUGUUUCACACUUGACAGGUCUUGAUACCGUCAAGGUGGAUCAACUAGUCAAAGAAUUUCUCGCAUCACAGUCGCUCAGCAUUCUCCCUCAAAACACGUUCGGUGAUGCGGUGGCUCAAUUUAUUGAUAAAGAUGACAAACAUGCUAUGGAAAUGUUUGUGAAUGAAUCCUUAGAGAGCCAGGUCAAACACCUCAUGGCUUUGGACCGUGAUGAGGAUGAUAUGGAUGACGAGGAGGGUGUUCAGAGUUCUUUGGUUACAGCCAUGGAAAAAUACCGCACCCAGAUGGAAGACCUUUUCUCCAGGGGUGUCAAGAAACGCACUACUCGAGGUAAAAAGCGAUUUAAGCCCAAGCCAGACGGCUGGGAUAGCGAGUUUGACGGUUCAUGGGAGGAUCAGCCGGGCGCUCUUAUUCACUCAGAUCAUGAAGGUGACCCAGCUGAAGAAGAAGCGGGUGAAGAUGGCUCCGCACCAGCUCGCAGUCGUGCGGCAGCAAUCUCAACUCGCGCUCGGGGGAGGGGACGUGGCCGCGGUGCGGCUGCUAGUACUCGGGGCUCUACCAAAGCCGCUGCCCCAUCCAGGGCACGUAAAGCCAAGGCCCUCUCUGAGGAAGAGUCAGCCGACGAUGUGAUCAUGCUGGAUGAUGAUGACGAUGAGCCUACCCAUGUAGUUUCGGAGGAUGAUGAUGACGACUCACAAGCUUUGUUCGUCAAACAACCUCGUGCAACGACUUCAAGGGGUAGGGCGCGCGGAGCUAGAGCGACUACUCGAGGCCGUGGUGGGCGUGCUGCAGCCUCGCCAGCUCCCUCGUCAGCUACUAUCGGUGCAACUGCCCCCCGCCGAGGAGGUAGGUCUGCUAAACCAACCCAACCGACUCAAACCACCCUCGAUUUUGUUGGUUCGCAGGCCAGCAGCCUACCCCGGUCUUCUCGGUCCACCCGCACAACCACCAAGGUGACUAUCAGCGAUGAUGACGACGACUCAGACUCUGCCUUCGAGCCGACCUGA